AUGAAAGCUAUUCAAGAGCAGGACCAAGGCCUAUAUGAUUGGUUGACAAAGACUCCACUAAAACACUGGUCUAGAGCAUACUUCAGGGGUAGGGCAAAAAGUGGUGUGUUAUUUAACAAUUUAUGUGAGGUUUUUAGUAGACAGCUAGCUGGAGGAAGUGAUAAGUGUAGGGGAAAAAGUGAUGUGUUAUUGAAAAAUUUAUGUGAGGUUUUCAAUAGACAACUAGUUAGGGGAAGAGAUAAGCCUAUUAUUACUUGCUUAGAGCUCAGUAGGGAAUACCUAAUGAAGAGAAUUGUGAAUGUGCAAAAGGAAAUUGACAAGUGGUCUAGUCUAUUGAUGCCUGGAUCUGUAGAGGAAUUUCAGAUAAUCAAGACUAAUGCUUCAAACUACACAGUGAUGUUUUCUAGGCAGAACAAGUAUCAGGUUAGUGGUGGUCCAGGUUUGGAACAACGUGUAGUACAUGUGGGACAUAAGACUUGUUCAUGUAGGGGGUGGGAAUUGAAUGUAAUGCCAUGCAAGCAUGCAGUGGCAGUGAUAUGGGAUAUGAAUGCACAAGGCAUUCAUGCUGGAUAUCCGGAAGCAUGGGUUGAUCCUGUUUCUUCGCUUGACAGUUGGAAGAGUAUCUAUACAUACACUAUUGGGCCAAUAAAUGGAAGGGAAAUGUGGACACCUUCUACGUGUCCUACAACACUAACACCUCCCAAGCAUCUAACCCAAGUUAGGAGGCCUAAUAAAAAGAGAAAGAAAUCAGCAAUUUAG